AGUGCAUGUUUAGAGUCGUAAGAAGAACAAUGUCAUCCAAAUCAUCCAAUCCCGCCUCGCUCCAUAACCCAUACUUCUCCCAGGGGAAGUCCCAAAAGGAUGUUUGGUCCUUGAUCAAUGAAACAGCCGCGGCUGCCCAACAAGAAUUAGGACGUCCAAUUGUCAAUUUGGGUCAAGGAUUCUUCUCUUAUAACCCACCAGACUUUGCACUCAAGGCUGUAAACCACACUAUCACCACUCCUCAGUACAACCAAUACGCCCACGCCAGAGGUAACCCCAACUUAUUGGAACUGCUUUCUAAAGUGUAUACUAAGGAUUUGGGCAGACCCGUCCCAAAGGAAGAAAUUCAAAUCACCACUGGUGCCAAUGAAGGAUUGUUUCUGAUUUUCUUUGGGUUUUUAACUGCCGGUGAUGAAGUCAUUGUGUUUGAACCUUUCUUUGAUCAAUACAUUCCAAAUGUUGAAAUGACUGGAGCUACUGUGAAAUAUGUUCAAUUGAAAUAUCCACAAAAAUUGGAUAAGGAAAACGUCACUGGUGAUGAUUGGGAAGUUGAUUGGGCUGGUUUAGAGGCUGCAAUCACCCCAAAGACAAAACUUAUUGUCAUCAAUACUCCACACAACCCAAUUGGGAAAGUGUUCAACGAAAAGGAACUUCAUAGAAUUGGUCAACUUUGUAUUGAUAAUAACUUGAUCCUUGUUAGUGAUGAAGUUUAUGAGAAUUUGUAUUAUUCUCCAAAAUUCACUAGACCUGCAACCCUUUCUAGCUUACCAGAAUUAAAGGAUAGAACCUUGACCGUUGGAUCAGCUGGGAAAUCCUUUGCUGCCACUGGUUGGAGAAUUGGUUGGGUACAAGGACCAGCUGAAUUGAUAAAAUAUGUCACUGCUGCCCAUACUAGAAUUUGUUUCUCUACUCCGGCCCCAUUGCAACAAGCUGUUAGUGAAGCCUUUGGAGAAGCUGAAAAAAAUGGAUAUUUCGAACUUACAAGACAACAAUACCUUAAGAAGUACGAAAUUUUCACCAAGGUAUUUGAAGAACUUGGAUUACCAUACACCAAGGCUGAUGGUGGAUACUUCUUGUUGGUAAAUUUGCUGAAAUUGAAGAUUGCUGAAGAUUAUGAAUUCCCUGCUGAUAUUUUGGGCCGUGGUACUGAAGAUUUCAAGUUAGCAUAUUGGCUUAUUAAGGAAAUUGGUGUAGUUGGAAUCCCACCAACUGAAUUCGUUUAUCCUCCUCAUAGAGCUGGAAAUCUGCUUGAAAAAUGUUUAAGAUUCGCCGUUUGUAAGGAUGAUCUGGUAUUGGAGGAUGCCGUGGAAAGAUUAAGAAAGUUGAAGAACUACUUCUAGAUUAAGAUAUAAUAUUAAUAUGACAUAGAGAGUUGACAUUGAGUAAUUACAAGGUGAUAUAGGAAAUGACAAUUCCCCAAUGUUGGUAUGAAUGCAAAAUAGGGCGUAGUGUAUGAUGACAGGAUUUUUUUUUAAA